AUGUACGAGCCCCCCACCACAGGCCGGGCAGCCGUCAUCCUCAACGAGGCUACCAGCUUCCUCCUCGUCACCACCUCUCCUCUGUUCUGCUUCUUCUGCCUCAUCGCCUACUCCGACUUUGCCUCCUCUCUCUACACCGCCGCCGCCGAGCUCCUCUACCGCGGCCCCGUCACCUUCUUCUCCAGCUACCUCCCCCGGACCUCCGCGCGGGCGCUGGCUGGCUAUGCCACCUGGAUCCUGUUCCAAGCGCUCCUGUACCGCUUCUUACCGGGGCCGGUGCGUCUUGGACCGCGCACAUGCGGCGGGCGACGGCUUCUGUAUCGGCUGAACGGGCUCGCCGCGUGGGCCACCACUGUUGCCGCGGCCGUCCUCGCCGCGUACGGCGGCUACGUUGACCCGGCGGUGAUCGCCAAGAACUGGGGAGAGCUAUUCGUGGCCGCGUCCAUGUACUGCGCAUUGCUGGUUACCGUGUUUUAUGUCAAGGCCCGCGCGUGGCCGGACAGCAGAGGGGAGACGCUCCUUACAGGGCAGUUCUGGUACGACUUGUUCAACGGCGGAGAGCUGCAUCCUCGGACAGGGCGGCUGUUUGACUGGAAGCACUUCAAUGCCAGCCGGACCGGCGGCAUUCUUCUCUGGACUCUCAUUGAUCUUUCUUUUGCGUCGUGGCAGUAUGAAUUGCACGACACCGUGACCAGCACCAUGAUCGCCGCCGUCGUGUUCCGGGCGAUCGUCGUGGUCGACUUCUUCUGGUACGAGCACUGGUUUCUGGAGACCUUGGAUGGCUGCCACGAACGCUUCUCCUUCUACAGCAUCUACGGCUUCGCCGCCAUGAUGCCGCUGCUCUGGACGUUGCAGACGCAGUACCUCGCCCGGCACCCCUUCGAGCUGUCCCGGCCCGCCCUCGCCAUCGCCUGCCUGCUCUUUGCCGCCGGCUUCCUCCUGAACCACGACGCCAACGGGCAGCGCACCCUGGCGCGGCGCCGGGCCGGCGUCCUCGAAAUCUGGGGCCGGCCGGCACGCUGCGUCCGGGCGCAGUACGCCACCGCCGACGGCAAGCUUCAUCACACCAUUCUCCUCUGCUCGGGCUGGUGGGGGGUCGCUCGUCACGCGAAUUACCUGGGGAGCGCCCUGUACACGCUCGGGGCCUGCACGGUCUGUGGGACGGGACGCGCGCUGCCCUACAUGGAGGCCGUCUUGGUGCUCGGCACCGUGCUGCACCGCUGCUGGAGGGACGAGGCCAAGUGCAGGGUCAAGUACGGCAAGGCGUGGGACGAGUACUGCGCCCUAGUCCGGUGGCGGAUGCUCCCGGGUAUCUACUAG